AUGUAUUUGGCCGACAUUGCUACAGAUACGGAGGAUAAAGAGGACGAUAGAUUAGUGGGUGUUAAAUCAACAGCGCUGUUGUUCGGUGAUCGGACGAAAUAUUGGUUAAGUGGAUUUGGCACUGUUAUGAUCUCAGGUUUAACGUGUACGGGUUUAUUACUUGAUCAGACCUGGCCAUAUUAUUGCAUGGUUGGAGCAACUGCCGCACAAUUGGCAUGGCAAAUCGGAACGUUGAAAAUCGACGAUCCUGAAGAUUGUUGGAACAAAUUCAAAUCCAAUCAGUGGCUUGGUGCUAUUCUCUUCUCUGGUAUCGUAGCGGGUAAUUUGUUGAGGAAAGAAGACGAAACAGAGAACGUACAGAAUGAUGAUUUAUCUAAUUUAUCGCGUAAUCGGACGUGA